AUGGACUUGUGCCACCCAGACCCAGGGGAGCUGAGCAGCGGGGAGACAGAGGAGCUGCAGCGGAUCAAAUGGCACCGGAAGCAGCUUCUGGAGGACAUCCAGAAGCUGAAGGAGGAAAUCGCAGAUGUGUUUGCCCAGAUCGACUGCUUUGAGACAGCGGAGGAGAGCCGCGUGGCCCAGAAAGAGAAGGAGCUGUCCAUCGGGCGCAAGAAGUUCAACAUGGACCCUGUGAAGGGCAUCCAGUAUCUCAUUGAGCACAAACUGCUGAGCCCUGAUGUCCAGGACAUCGCCCAGUUCCUGUACAAGGGUGAGGGGCUCAAUAAGACGGCCAUCGGCACCUACUUGGGAGAGAGGGACCCAAUCAACCUGCAGGUCCUCCAGGCCUUCGUGGACUGCCACGAGUUCGCCAACCUCAACCUCGUACAGGCCCUCAGACAGUUCCUGUGGAGCUUCCGGCUGCCAGGCGAGGCCCAGAAGAUCGACCGUAUGAUGGAGACCUUUGCUGCCCGAUACUGCCUCUGUAACCCGGGCGUCUUCCAGUCCACAGACACCUGCUACGUCCUGUCCUUCUCCAUCAUCAUGCUCAACACCAGCCUCCACAACCCCAAUGUCCGAGACAGGCCGCCCUUCGAGCGCUUUGUGUCCAUGAACCGAGGCAUCAAUGACGGCAGUGACCUGCCCGAGGAGCAGCUGCGGAACCUCUUCGACAGCAUCAAGAACGAGCCCUUCUCCAUCCCCGAGGACGACGGCAAUGACCUCACUCACACCUUCUUCAACCCCGACCGAGAGGGCUGGCUGCUUAAGCUGGGAGGCCGCGUGAAGACGUGGAAACGGCGCUGGUUCAUCCUGACUGACAGCUGCCUCUACUACUUCGAGUUCACCACCGACAAGGAGCCCCGAGGAAUCAUCCCCCUUGAGAACCUCUCAGUGCAGAAGGUGGACGACCCCAAGAAGCCGUUCUGCCUGGAGCUCUACAACCCCAGCUGCCGGGGCCAGAAGAUAAAGGCCUGCAAGACGGACGGCGACGGCAAAGUGGUGGAGGGCAAGCAUGAGUCUUACCGGAUCUCAGCCGCCAGCGCCGAGGAGCGGGACCAGUGGAUCCAGGCCAUUCGGGCCAGCAUCACCCGUGUCCCCUUCUAUGACCUGGUCUCUGCCCGGAAGAAGAAGAUCGCCAGCAAGCAGUGA